AGCAACAACUUGCUUCCACGAGUCUGAGCGGUGUUUGCCAGUGCACACUGCGGCUGUGGUCGGGGUCCCGGUUUUAGGGCUUCGUUGGCUUCGUCGCACAAAGAUGAAAACAUGGCGUCCGUAUUAACGAUGUUGUUUCUUAUAAGAGGACUUGGUGACAUUAACAACCGUCCUCAGAGGCUCUAUUCAAACGUUUUGCUCCGCCACUUUACUCAUUUCGUAUUUCGAAGGCGACCGUCUCAAGUGCCGUGGCGUUCGCGAAAGUGGAGAAAGCUCUGGCGGGGGUAAAAGGCCGGUGAAACUGAACAUGAUUAUCGCGCGGUGUUACUUAUUGUUCGCCGCCGCGGGGAGAGCUUUGGCGCGCUUAAAAAGCGCUCACGCUGUCUUGUUUCGGUGGGUGGAGAAGUGGAGAAGUCGUUUCGACACGCCGAAAGACACUGAGCUCGGCACGAUGCAUAUGCAAUACAUUGAGCUAACCUUUGAACCCGCGCGAUGCGCGCAAUUUUCAGACGGCUGUUUUGUCGCUGUUACUCCAAUAUCGUACGUUGGUUUAGCUGAGCGCGCUUCUCAGCAUCAACACAUAACCGCUCGGGGCGAAAUGCUUAUGAUUCUGUGAAAUUUAUUUCGCAGCCAUGGAUUCCAACCUGGUGUUGGGGUUGCAUCAGGGCAUGGGCUGCAGCAGCAUGGACGGAAGUGAUGUGAGGGGCCUCCAUCCGUCAAGUGCGACCAGUCACAUGGGCAUGAGUUGCAGCAGUAUGUCUCCGGGUGAUGUUAGAGGCAUGCACCAGACGAAUCAGCAUGCCAAUCCGACAACUGCGCUCGGCAUUGGCUGUAGCCCCAUGGGGAGUAGCGACAUUCGAACAUUGCAUCCUGCCAUCGACUCUGACAGGGGCAUGGGAGGAAGUAACCUUGUAGGCACAGAUAUACGAUCAAUGCGCUCAAGUAUGGACUGCGAUAGAGGAUUGGGAGGCAACAGCUUGUCUACCAGUGGAGGAAUGCACUCUUCCAUGGAACAUAACAAAGCUCCUGUCCUGAGCAGCACUGGCUCUGCAGGCGGCGGAAGCAGCGGUAGCAACCUUGGUAACCCAUCUCCUUCUGGGGAGAAGCUGGGGAAUACGGGCACGGCGGCCACAACAGCCACCAACUCGCCUGACAAUGCGAGCAACAACGCCAGCAAGGGCACCGAGGAAGAAGAGCAGAGCAGCAACACCACUCAGCCCCCGGCCAACAAGAAGGCCAAGGAGGUGACCACGGUGCCGUUGGUGCCACCGCGGGAGAGCAAGCGCCCCAACAUGAAGAAGCGCAUGGAUCUGUCCCUGGCCGACAAGGUCAAGAUCGUCUACUCUCUCAAGGAGCCUGGGGCCAAGCAUGGGGCAGUAGCGAAACUUUACGGUGUGGCUCGAUCGACCGUCUGCAAGAUUAGCCAGAAGUCGGAGGAGAUCCUGCUGCAGUUUGAGACAGAUAGCAACCACGACCGCAAGCGGCGGCGGGAGGGCAAGGAGCGGCAAGUGGGUGAGGAGCUCUAUGCCUGGUUCCAAAACCAGGUGGCACAAGGUUCUCGCCUUUCUGGCAACGACAUCAAAGAAAAGGCGCGUCUGCUGGCAGCCCAGAAGGGGCACCACUUCGAGCCGUCCGACGGCUGGCUCAGCCGUUGGAAGCAGCGCCACGGGCUGUCUAAUCCACGUAAGGAGUCGUCUUCGCACAACCAGUCGUCACACGCGAGCGGCGCCGUUGCCCAGGCACCCCCGCACUGGGUGUCGAGCGCCGAGCUGGUUGCACUACUGAAGCAGUACUCUGCCGACAAUGUGUUUGCAGCCGCCGAGACGGCACUCUACUACUCGGCCUACCCGGCCGAUCGCUGCCAGCAGGAGCUUGUCAAAGACAAGAAGGCGACGGAACGCAUAACCCUUCUCAUCUGUGCCAACCUCACGGGUACCGAGAAGCGGCCCCUGUUGCUCGUCGGGGACAGUGGCGCGUCUCGCUCAUUCCCAGACGAUCCGUCGCGCUUGCCUCUCAUCUGCAAGUUUGCACAGAAGGCACGCAUGAAUGCGGCUAUCUUCACCGAGUGGUUGUCAUUCUGGGACUGGCAGCUCGGGCUGCACCAGCGCAGCGUGUUGCUUCUCGUCGAAAAUACGCCAGCCCACACGUCGAGCGCGCACCUCGAGAAUGUGCGACUCUACUUCCACCCGCAGCCCAUCCUCAAGGGGGUGGCGCGCAACCUCAAAGCUCACUACCGCUCGCGGCUCUAUGGCCGUAUUUCAGCGUCGCUCAGCGUGCAGCGCAACACGCGGGCAGCGGACUUGAUCCGCAAGACAACGGUGCUCGACGCGCUCUACCUUGUGCGCGAGUCUUGGGAUUCGGUCAAGGGCGACACUGUCUCUGGCGUCUUUGCACAGGUGGGACUGCCGCUGUGUGGCACCCCGUUGCCGAGGGGUGGCGCAGGCGUCACGGGAAUGCAAGACGUCUCGGUGCCGUCGGGUCUCACUUACGACGAGUUCUGUCGCUUCGUCAACCUCGACGACUUCUUGGAAGGAGUCGUGGACCGGACGACAGAGACCCACGAGGACGAAUACGAGGUGACUGAUCAGGAGGCUCUCAAGGCCAUUGACUUCCUGCGCACUAUGGCCAUGCGCGAAGGGCGCGAUGAGUGGUACCGGUCCAGCCGGGAGAUGGAGGACUUCUGGCUCCAGCGCAUGGCAGCAAAAAAGAAGUAGCCUACAAAUGCAUCCAGCUUGGUUGUCGAACAACGACGGGGCAAAGGGGGAAACUCUGAAAGAGGCAGUGGGCUUGUCGGUCUAGUUGCCAAAAGCAAAGCCCGAUCAAAAAACCAGCAAAGCUUUAAUGAGGACUUGAGUUAAUACAUUUUGCCGGAAACAAAUUUUGCGCUCGUUUUUACCUGGUCUUGGUAGGCCAAUGUUUUAUGAUGUCCUUGUUUGUUUGUUCAAUUGCGGAUUGGUAAGGUUGAUACUGAGAGGUGUCCUGCUUAUAAAAGUGGACAUCUCUUGAAAAAGGAUACUGAACCGAAAUUUUGAGCUCGCAGAACAAGGCUGGAUGGAUAGGCGGGACGCUGCAAAACCCAAAAACAUCACUCGUACAGUGAUAUUGCUAACGGAUCGCUGUAUUUUUGGAAGAGAAGUGCGCGUUUGAACACGGCCGAUGAGGCCGACGAUACAAGUCAUGCCACGACUCGUUCCCUCUCGUCCUUGCUAUGUCCCUAUGAGUUGGUGAACCGAAGCGAGGAGGAAAGAAGCGAGGCCGUUUCCCUUCCUUCUCUAUUUUUCCAGGAGGACAAUGGUAUCGUAACCCUCGCUUGAUCGUGCCCUUUUUUUUCUAAAAUCAUGGCCAUCCGUUUGAGAUAUCGAUGUAUGAGUGAUGUUUUGCAGUUCGUAGCGUUCCGUUCAAUGCUUCUACGGCCUUAUUUUGUGAAAUCCAAAUUUCAGUUCAGCAUCCCUUUAAAGGGAUGCGAACCGAAAUCUGGAUUCCACAAAGCACGGCGGCAAAAGCGUGCUACGGGAUGCUACAAACAUCAAAACAUCACUAAUACAACGAUAUAUCAAACGAAUGACCGUAUUUUAAAAAAAAAAAAGGGGGCGCAUUUGACAGAUACGUUCACGUCUUGUUUCUCCGAGAAGGAGAGGGAACGACCUUGCGUUUUGUCCGCCUUGCCGCCUUGAGGGGGCUAAACGAAGAGAUGAGGAAACGAGAUAUCUUGACGUCACGCGCCUCGUAGGCCUCCUUCAAUCUCAACCUUUUUUUUUUUUUUUCGAAAAUACGUCCGUCAAUUUGAGAUGUCGCCUUAUGAAGAGUGUUGUAGAGACUAUAGCAUCCCGCCUACAGCUCCUGCAUUGUUUUCUGAAAUCCAAAUUUCAGUUCACCAUCCCUUUAAAGUAAUUUUAUUGCUUUUUGGAAGUGUGUAAAAGAUGCAGUUGCCAUUUUACUGGUUACGGUUUUCUGCGGUCAGCUGAUGUCGAGAACCAGAACAAGGGAUGUUGUCAUAUCAAUUUUUAAAAUUUUUGUCUGCGUUUUCAUUAGCAUAUUCACAGAAUAAUGUUCCAAAGAGUUAUGCAAUCUGCAUAUUUUAAAUGCUCGCCGUAAUCUCGAGUCUCGUAGCUCAGUAGAUUUGUUAGGUUACAGUUGAAUCCUGCCCUGGAGCACAUGCACUAAAUCCAUCAUAGCAUGUGGAGAGUAUUCCCUCAACAUGUUGCGGUGCGUGUUGAAAGCAAUGUGUUAUCAUUAAAUAGAACAAAAUUUCAAUUUUGUUCACACCUAAACAUGGACGCCCUUUCAUAGACUAAUCAUGUAUUAGUAGCAAAAUUGUACUACUACUUUCAUUUUGAAAAAAAAAAAAAAAAGGUCUAUAAAACUGUUUGGACAGCUCUGUAGCAAUCAAUCAGAAGGGUAGAGAUGAAUUAACUUGGCUAUUAUUUAGCAGCAGCAAAUGACAUGAUGAAUGCAACUUAUGGCACCUUGAAUAUCUUGUGUUCCAUCUUGAACAUCUUGAAGGGAAAACAAAUUUGUGUAUCAAAGGGACACUGCACUCCCAAGAACCAAUUUUUUUUUAACUGCCUGUAUAGAAUACAUUUGUGGCAAAAUGCACUCACCCCCCCCCCCCCCCCCCCCCCAAAAAAAAAAUAAAAAAAAAAUCAACGCAAAUUUAUCUGCUAGCAUCCGUUUGCUCACAAGUGGUUCCUAAUUCGAGGUCAACAUCACAAAGACGUCGGAAUAGUAGGAGCCGCUUUGUACCUCCCCAUUGGUCGGUAGAAGUGCGGAGGAAAAGCUUUCCCGUUAGCACAUACCACCACAAACUCAAACUCCUUCACAUGCUGCGAAACUGCCUUUUUGCAGCGCAUCUGGUAACGUAAAUAUUGCGUUAAGCUUAUUUUAUUUGGUGAAAAUGCACUUUGUUAGGUACAUGCAAAAUCAAAUUUAACUGGAGCGCGCGACCAUACAUUUUUCCUUGACAGGGCGCUAGCCUGGUGGGAUUUGACACAGCCACUUUGUCACAUGGUGACGGGCCGAUCUUAGUGUGCAGGUGGAGUGUGGUAACUCCCGAGGGUUAAGUAUAAACUCAAAAAACGCCCGCACAAAAAAAAAAAAAAAAAAGUUUUUGCGUUUAUAUUACAUUUUGUUUUACGUAUUGUUUCCUGAAAAAUAAGGCGAGCUAGGCCGAGUAUUUUAUUAUUGUGCUUACUCAGUUGCCUUCUGUAAAAGCGUUGACGCACACAUAGCCUAACCAUCAGCAUCUGCUUAAACCACACAAAUAUAAUGAGAUGCCUGUUUCAUGAACACUCAUUACAUCCUUGAAACAAAACAAUGGGAUGAAAAUAAAAAAAUAAAAAUGGAGAGGCAGAUUUAUAAUAAUUUGUGAAGGCACCGAUCUGUUGAUUGAGUCAGACAGAGGUGACACAAGAUUUCUUAUCCCUACGCCCUGAAGCCCACUCCACUCCGUGCUUUUAGCAUUCCACAGUGUCCAGAAAAGCGACUUGGGGUGACCAACUGAUUUUUCAGCAGCCCCCAGACAUUUUUUAUUACUAUAUUCAUAUCAGCUCCAUUUGGCGGCCAUGCCAGCUCGUUGAUGCGGCUAUCUUCCUGAUGAGUUUUCACGACUUUGGCCAUAUGUACUGGGCUGUGUUCAUGCUGAUGGGUACAACAAUUUCAGGAAAGGGCCAUCUAAGGCUUAUGGGAGCAUGACAUUUUCAAGAAUUUUGACGUUGCAUUCAGUCUUCCAUCUAUUUUGUGCAGGGGUCCAAGUUCCUCUUUUGAGAUGGUUCCCCCACUCUGGCACUGGUUUGGCCACCGAAUCCAAUUUGCUGGCUGUAUUCAGGGUUAUACGUGUUAAUAUUUAUUUUUAAUAUGUAGGCACUGAGGACAUAAUAAACAAGGUCUAUAAAGACUAGAAACAAGCUUGCUUCUGUAAAAACAAAUACUGGCUAUUUAGUAUAUGAUUAGAAACUCCUGCAACUUGUAUACAGCUGGAAGUUUAUUCAACUGAAAUUUAGGCAGAAACCUUUCUUCACCGGUCGUUCUUUUGCACUUGGAUGUCUUUAGAAGAUGGACAAAAAAGCCACUAGUUCUGCAAGCUUUCUUCAAUUUUAAAUCAUCUUAAGUUUCACUGCAUCUGAUUUCUGGGAAGCUUUGUUCGUUCGUUUCACUGCGUCUGAAUUGUGGGAGGCUUUGUUCGUUUGAAUGCAUUGCAGUUGACUUUGGACAUUUGAUUAUUACCUAUUGAUAUUGAAAACGAGGCAUCCGAAUGACGCAUGUCCUGGUGACAUCUGGCAAGAGAAGAUCUACAAUCUCUUAAAAAUCACAAACCUGCAGUUGAUGGUUCGCCACAUGCAUUGCUGUUGGUCGCAGCGGCUGUGGUAGCUUGCCUGAUCAGAAAAGAUGACUUGGCUCCACUUGUUUCCUCCCCACAAGGAGUGGUUUAUUGGCAAAUGACAGCCGAGCAUGGCGUUGCUGGUCAGAAAGGCGUGGCUUCUGCAUGAGGAUUCAGCAGUGCUAACUGGCUUUCCAUAGACAUUGUCUUAUUGUUGCAACUAUACCGCCUAAAUUGAGGCUGUUCUUCAGAUCCCUUGCCAUAAGGAAUGGGUCACCCACAGUGGCCGCUAUAAUCAACUGGUCCUCAACCACGGACGUUGCUGGAGGGCUUGUUCCACAUGGGAGGUCAUCAACACGACCUUUCUCCCGAUAAGCAUUAUCUUAUUAAUGGAACCCAUUGAAACUGCUGUUAUAGUCCGAUCCUCCGUUGAGACACCCAUGCUUGGGACAUCCCAAUGACCCACAGUCGCGUCUCCUUCAGCACAUGUGGCACGAUCAAGAUCAUUAUCUAAAACUAAAUUCACCCCGCGGCACUAUAAGAAAAGACUCGAUCGCCUAUAGCUUUUUUUUGGUGGUGAUGCAUCAUGCUUAUAAGAGAUUUCUCACCUUAGUUUAAUAUGAAAAUAAAUAGCAGCUCAACUGAAGGGUCAUUUCGGAUGUGUUGACGAAUCAAGAUAUUUUGUCUUUGAAAGUUAUUAUGAAUGCAUUCCAAGUUCAAGAUAUACGAGGUAAAACACACUGGAAUUUAAAAAAUUCAAUACACAAAAUGGUUCUAGUUUCUUUCUUUGUUUUGGAAACGAGUGGUGUUGAUGCAGAGCGCAGCGUACCGUCUGAAACAUAAAAAAUUCUGAGGACACCUAAGCACUUACGAGUUGUGAAUCCGAAAGCAUUAAUGUCCAAUUGAAUGCCGCUGAGUGCUCCUUCGAGUUUUGCACUGCGAGUAUUGUUUCCGAGUUUUGCUGCUGGGUAUGUUUUAGAGUUUUCUAAUUAAAUUGCUGCAGGUUAUUUUGGUACAGUUUCUACGUUUGCAUGUUGGCUGUAGACUGGAAUCAUUCGGACGAUAUCGCUGAGAGUUCAAGUGCAUUUAUUUUCACACAAUGCGUUCGCUAAUGUCUAUGGGGAGACCCAAGCUGACAAUGUCUUCAUCGUCCAACGGGUAAAGGUCAGGUGUGUAGAGUUUGCGUCCCAACGGCCUCGGUGGGGUUGGUGGUGGCAGGUUGGGGUCGAUUGCAGCGAGCAUAGGUUUAUAAUCAGUAAAAUACUUUGAGACAUACUUUACGUUUGCGCGUUUGCUCCAGCGCCGGCAGGGAGUACGGCGGUGUGCCGUGCAGACCACACUGGCUCGCUAGUCAUUGCUGCGCCGCUGGGUGAGGCAGUGGCGGAAGUGCGAAGCUCGGCGCGGCUCGCGGCGCGUGCUGAUAUCAGCGCCCUCUCAUCAUCAAUAUCGCCCCAACUGCGGGUACCGGUUGACAACGUUAGACCUCAAAGCGUAUUAGGCCUAACAAUAGGCCAGCGCAUACCCAUGUCCCCCUCUCAUGUCAAACAGCUGCGUAAUGAAACGCCUAACAUUAGGCCUAACGUCAAGCCAGCGCAUACCCUCGUCCCCCCCUCCCACUGCGCCGCCAGCAGUUUGGCUGGCCCCUUGGCAAGGAUGGCGCCGUUGCUAUGGAGCCACAUGACGCGUCGCAGCCAAUGGGGAUUUAGGUGCUGUUUUUUGCUGCUACAGACGUCUACAGACAACACCGGCUUUGCUCCAUGGGACGGUUAAUGCUUUCACAUUAAAAAAGUAAUGGUUCCACAGAAUCUUAUCUGAAGAGCUACCAUACUCCCCCCGCGCACUGCGAUGAACCCAUCGUCACAUAACCAAUCAUUUGUACCAAUCGCUGCUAGGCUAGCGCCCCUCAGCAAAAACUUGCGGCAGCGAGCUCCACUUAAGUUUUAUUCUGACUGUACAUGUCCUAUCGAGGCAGUUAAAAAAUCGAGGCAGUUAAAAAAAAUAUUUGCCCCUUUCCUGCACUAUUGUGAAAAGGGCACUGGUAACACAGAAUGUAUUAUGUGUUGCUUUGCUGUGAUGUUGCACAUAUAAACUUGAUGCACAUUUUGUGACUCGAUGGCGCGAACAUGGUCAUGCAUAGCAUCUCUCAAGGAAAGCCCUUUCAAGGCUAGCGUUGCACUGGGAGUGGAGUGUGGUGUUCACAUCUCUUGUUAUCACACACCCCAGCUUUGACUCUGCUAUUUUGCAUCUCCCCGUUUUCUUCGAAGCUCCCCUUUCCUUCUGCACACUCUCCCACCAUAUAUGCAAGCAUGUUUGCCUAACACCUGAUAGCAAGGCCAUAGUGAUUGUAUUUCUAUGUCGCCUAUUGGAGGCCAGCGCUGUGCACAGAGAGGAGACAAGUUCUGCGCCAGUGUUCGGCUGGAAUACGAGUUGCAGCCAAAUGUUCACGCAGUACUUGUGUAGCGCUCUUCCUGUAAAAGCUUUCCAUGCAGAACAUGACUCCCUCAGACUCUUGCUGUGCACGAUUUAGCAUUCCAUAGGUGUGCACACAAAGCGGAUUAGAGGCAAAGCGAGCCCGGGGUGGGGGGAGCUUUGCUCGCAUUUCUAUGGGGUGCCAAAUUGUGAACGACAAAAGUCUGAGGGAGUUGUGUUCUCUUUUCAGGACACCCUUUUGCAGGUGUGCCUUACCAGAAGCUGCUAGGAGCCUGCCAUGUAACACAUUCUGUGUUAAAAAUGUUGUUUGGGAGUGCAGUGUCUCUUUAAAGGGGCUGUGCAUACAACUGUUAUACAUUCAGUAAAUACCACUUGAAAUUCAUUCUUGACAUUCAUAGCCUGCAAAACAUGCAUUAGUUUUUGCCUCCACGCCAUGGCAGUUUCAAAACGAGAGAAGAACGAGCAACUCGCAGUCAGAGCAAGCGACCACAUGAUGUGGUGCCGGUUAUACGGUGCCAGUGUUCAUCAUAGCUAGGGUUCCGCGUUUUCGGUUUCUAUUUUUUCAAACUUUGGCAUACUUUUUUCGGUGUUUAUUUUAAAAUUCAAUUUUCAUUGUUGUUUUUUUCGGCGUAUAUUUAUGCCCACAAACAUUUAUCGGCUUUUUUUCAGUGAAUAUAAAAUAAACACCAACAGACACCGGAUGAGAUUAUUCUUGUAGCUCUGAUAUUUGUGAUCACUCAAAGAAUAACGGCACAGAUACAUUGAAAAGAAAUGGACACUUUAUUUGGCGAAUGUGUGCAACUGUAAAAGAAACAAGAAAAAAACACAGAAGUACAGACAAGUCAGAUAUGAAGCUUAUGCCCAAAAAACAUGGAACUUUACCUUCUGUACAUCAGGGUUACGUGAUCUUAUUAUAUUACACACACAUGUGCUUUCCCAGGUUCUCCUCGUUGAUCCGCACUCUUUCUUUCCUGUUAAUAUGACCUUGAGCUUCGAGAAUGCCCUCUCAACGCUAACGCUGGACACUGGCCGGCUGAGGAGAUGAAGCGCUGCCUGAGCCAAAAUCGGCCAAUCAACCAAUUGUGACUGCCGAAAGAGACACGGUGCGACGUUGUGAAACACAACACAACAUGCAGAGCUUGCAUCAUGUCAAUCUUCCUAACAACGAGUUUGAAAACACGCUCGUACAUGGCGAAGUCAUGGGGUAUUUCGGACUUCACGUUCCGAUCGAUGAUGCACUUAUUUAACCAAAACGUUGUGAUGGCAUCCGUGUAUCCCAUUCAUUCGGACACGUUUCGAUAGACACUGUCGUUCACCUUUUUCCCCACAGGUCUGCGGUUCGACUGGAAGGUCAAAGUGACCUUUUCCGGUUAAAACUGAAUUUUAGAAGAUGGAUUUGACAUACUUUUAUUGUUUU